AAUUUGUGUACAUAGCUAGAUACUGUACGUAUCUCACCGUGUCCAAAAAACCACGUUAAUCGAAUAAACUAUAUUAGGAAGUGUCCAAAAUAGGUCUCCAUGCCCAAAUGGGCGCAAACAGUAUAUGGUAUUAGAAUAACCCGUAUAAAAGCUGAACAACGGAUAGUGAAAAGAGUGACAUAGGUAUGUCAGUUUGUCAGCGAAAAAAAACUAUUCAGUGUAUACUAGAUCAUACAUACUCAAGAAAAAAUUCGUUUAACUCAAGAUUUACGUAAAAAAAAACAAACUCAUUUAACAUAUGCAUACAAAAACUUUUGAUCGGCAGUUCAGUCUAUUUUUUACAUCAUCAUAACGCCGGCGUAUAGUACCGUACAGUUGCAUUGUGACUGUUUCGAGACCAAUAUGUUACUUCUAACAUGUGAACUUGUCACUUGUAUCGAAUCAUGUUAUGUUUCAUUGAAACAUAAAAAAAAGUUAAGUCACAAGUUCAUAACCCACAAUGUUACACUAUGUCCACAAUUCAACUAAUGUUGUCACUAAACAACUGAUUUGGCUCCUGAAUUUUGUCACACCGUAACAACACAUUUUGACAGCUGCCAACAUUUUGAUUUGUUUUUAUCAUAAAGCAGACACGAGUGCGUCUUGUUGGGCUGCGCAAAGUUCGUCAAUUUUAAUUCUGUCUCCGAGGACAUUCUUAAUCAUUGUUGCGCUCUUCGGUGAUUAUUAUAAUAUUCGCGAUGUCCUUUUGUAUCGUACAAACGCGUAAAACUAAAAAGUCAUUGCCGUCUAUGACCGUGGUUCCGGCUAACUGGGUAGAAGAUAAAUUUGUCUUUUGGCCUCCAAGCAAUCUGAUCAGUCUUUCCAAAAAUGAAAACUCAAUACCAGAAAAGUUGACUUGGAAAAAGCAGAAAUGCAAGCUAGCAGGACGAGCACAAACAUUCCAGCUUGCGGAAGAAAUGAUGGCUCUGUUGGAGAAGGUAACGGACUCCGAAGACGCCGUUGAGAUGGGCCAUGGUACAAGAACGACUCCAGCGAGAAAACAACCCAAAUUCAAAUCGAAAAGCUAUAAACUUGCACCACCAGCUGCCGCAGUUGCUGACGAUGGAGCACCAUCUUCCAAAAUCGCAAAGGUAACUCCCUCGGAAGAUAUCUCUCAUCAAUCAACGCCAAACACAGGUCCCGAAAUGCUGGUGGUAAACAUGAAUUCCGCAACCGCUUCCGAACCAAAAGUUGCUUCGUCCAAAUGUCGUCUAACAGACCCUCGUCUGCAUGCCGUGUUCGAUACAGGCUCUAAUACCAUGCAGCUUGAUUCGAACGCUCCAAUACCGAGCGCCAUAUCCGCUGAUCGAACCUCAGCACAACUUACGUUUCCGAAGCAAUUUUCCAUCAGAAGCCAAUCAUCGACGAAUGCUCAACCUCUUCCAGUGAAUGUUGUCUCUACACAUGAUGCACACACUUCCGCUAUCAACGCGGUAAGCAAUACUCGUAGCAUUUCAACACCGGGGACUUGUCUGGAGAUCAUGAAUUCUGCAGCCACCGCUACUUUGACGAGGAAUACUGCUUCCGCCUUGCCACAGCAAGUUCAGAAUUCACAUACAGGAAGCGUGACAGGAAAUAAACAAGCGGGAAGUGUUUACAACAUUUCAUCGGACUCAAUUGGUACAAAUUCGGUAAGCAAAAUUAAUGUUCACCAUUUUUUUUUUCAAAAUUGCUUCCAUUGAUAGAGGAGUGUUUCCUAAACUAUAUACGUGACAUAAAAAGUAUUUUAUCACGUUUUCUUGGAAUCUAAUUUCAUUCAUAGUUUACCGUUGGGUUCUGUUAGGAUUUUACACGUUUUUAAUUGAAGACACUAUUUGACGUAAUGUUUUACUACUUUUACAGAACAAAGCUGAGAAACAGACUCUUGACCAUCGGGACGUUAGUUCAGAAAGAAAAAAAGAAGACAAACGUCUAGUUGAAGUUGUUUUAAUUUUUGUUCAUUGUAUAUACUUGCUUAUAUCCCAUAUCGCACGAACUUAUGCUUUUACGGUUUCAAACCAAAGAGAUUUUGAAAAUAAUUCUGUCAAAUCACUUUUUACAGAAGUUCAAAUUAUAAAUAGGUAGCUACCUAUGUUGAACCUAGUGUUGAACUUUGUCUUGUGCACGGUUUUUCUAUCACCUUUCCAAGCAAUGCAGUCACUACGGUAUUCACAGCAAUAGGUCAUAGAAUGCUACACUGAUUACACGAGCCGUCAACAUUCGGGGAACUUGAAUGGGCAUCGCCCAAAGUAAAAGAAAAAUCUUCGAUGCACCUGUUUCGAAUGUUGCAUCCUGCAAUUGCAGGUACUAAUUGAUUUCGCAAUCAUCAUAAGAGUCAAGCCGCCGUCAUUCCACACAAGGAAUCUCGCCGUACCCAUCUCUAUCCACUGCGUUUGCCUUCAUUUAAACCUGAAAUCACAUCACACAAAGUAUCAAAUUAUUGCUUUGAAUACUUACAAUAAACUUCCCGUCAUUUGUAGAAAAUCUUAGGAAUCCAGUGCCUUAUUUGCAGCAUACACUGCAGCUUCUGAUGGAACCAAAAUAAUUCUUUUUGAAGUAAUUUCGAUUAUGAUAACACAUGCACUCAAAUGUUGUUGUUUUUACUGCACUGACCCAGUACGUAUCUCUGCACUUCUGCACGAGUUCACUAAUUUGACAUUUGAGCGGCGUUGUGCUUACUCGUAUCCAUGGCCGUCUAUAACACGGCACCGCCCAAAAGUCAAACGGGUGAGCCGUGCAUUUUGCUGUCUAUCGUGAGUGCCACAGUGAAGACGAAAACAACAGGUACCGCACCAUGUACCGCACGAAAGCGCACUGUGGUAAAAACGCAACAAAAUGGUAAUUGAAUUGAAUUGAAUUUAUGAAUUAAAUCUCAAUUUGUCUAAUUUUGUUCUAUAUGAUUUUUGAGUAGAGUGAUGUUAUCUAACUGGCCAUGAAACCGUCCAGUUAUCCUAAACACAGCACCGCUCAAUAAUAAAUUAUGGAUAUCGUGUACUGGUCCAUACCAAUAUGUUUUCAUACAGUUUGUACCACUAUGCAACGAAGUGCUGGAGUGAUCAUUCAUAAAUGACGUGGCAUUUUAGAGGGUACAAGGUGGUUCUAAAUUUUGCUUAGCGCCAUGUUUCAGAUAGGAAAAUAGACUACGAAAAGGGAGGAAAUGUCACGUCAUUUAUGAAUGCUUCCAAACUGUGAUUUGCGCGAAUAGCAGCAAAACCAAAACAAACAUCUCUAAAAACUAGACGACUGAAUGCAGUCCAAACCUAUAUCUUUAUUAGAGGUUUGAUUUGACUGCAGUUUAAUGUGUUUAAUGUUUAAUUAAGUUUAAUUAAGUACGGUUUCUGAAACCGGAGCUGACGGGAAGUGAAUUGUAAGUUAUUUUGAAAAUAAUGAAUUGAUACUUUGUGUGAUUUUAGGUUGUCAUGACGGAGGCAAAUUUUUGUGGCAUUACAUCGGCCGUGGGUGCACGAAAAAGUGUAUCAAUUACCUAAAUGCACCCCGUAUCCUGUAUUACAUGUUUGCAGUGCUGCUGUGUUUCAAAAAUCCCAUUUAGGUAGCUUGAAUCUUUCGCUGAUUGCUAAAUGGUUGGUUGACUAAUGUGUGGGACUGGAUGUGGGUGUAGCGUUCUUCAUCGGUUUUAGGCAUUUAUACCAGACAACAGAAGACAAGUUCCCUAUUACAAACAGUGUAAAAUAGUUUGCCUUAGUUUUACAAUUUCAAGUAUAUGGUGACCUCAAAUUAAUUUUUGCUAUAAAGAUCUCCUGUAAAUAGUAGGAAUAUGUUAACAAUUUCAACUAAAAAAACAAUGAUACAUACUAUGACGAUUUAGUUUUUCUUUCUUGCGAUUGCUGGUUUUACGUUCCUUUUUUCAUCGACCAAUACAUUAUAGUGUUUCUUUUCCAUUUUACUUGUUUUUUUAUGAGCUUCAUACCAGAAUACAUAUAUAUAUGAAUGGGAUCUCAUCAAAAGUUUUCGAUCAUUUUAUGUAUACAUGUUUCUUUUUAAAUUAAAUUUUGAACAACUAAAGAAUGCAAAAAGUAGGAGUAGGAAGUGGAUUGUGGUUGUUUAUUUCUAAAGUUCAAAUGGCAAAAAUCAUUACCUUUAUAUUUACUUUCAAGAAUGAAUGUAAGUUAGGGAACACUUCUCUUAAUUAGAUUAUAAGUUGAUAUAAUUUGAACGAAAUGACGAUUUAUGGACAUCUUUACUAUUUUAGGUGCAUCAGCCGAUUAGUAUUCCAGUUGUCAUGGGAAAUGACGGUAUACAGUAUGCACAGCUUGCCAAUGGAUACUAUUACGCACUUACGGACAGCAGCGAAGCCGCCGAAGCACCAACAUCUAAUGUUAUAAAGCAGGAUGAGGUUGACCUGGGCAUCGAUAAUGAAUUAAACUCGUUUAAUUCGCCAUCGCCAGCAUUAGAUGACUCUCAUGAUGUACUGAUCGAGUUGCGCAAGAUAAACGACCGUCUAAAUAACUUUGAGAGAAAUUUGUCCGAGAUUGCAUCCGAGCUACGUAAGGCAAAUGACCGAUUGGACGUUCAGGAAGGACUGCUAGUGAAGACGACAGAGUUCAUGGCUAACUUCAACAGACUUAUGGCUAUGAAGAACAUGAAUGAUGCAACGCCCAUCGCGAACCGCCAAGAGGAAGACUUUUCUGAAUUUGAAAAUAUUCCUAAAAUUGAUUCCGAUGAAUCUUUCAAAGCAUUUGAACGUGGUUUAGCUGAACGCGCGUUUUCGGAGAAGUUUUUCCGGUAUUUACAUUCAAUUUACAGUCUGAAUGGGAAGCGAGACAGUGGACCACUGUUCCGAACAAUUAUGCGAAAACUAUUGGCGCCGAAUGUUUUGAUCCCGUAUUCUUGGAAAGGAAACAAAAGGACAAAGAAAGGGUCGACUGCUGAUUCAGGGGCGAACAUGAAUUUUCAGGAAACAUUCCCGAAUUUCAUCAAAACCAUACACCAAGUUCUUCAUGCCGCAGAUUACUCCACCACACGCGAACAGAAUGACAACCUGUUUAAAAACCUUUUAAGGUACAAAGUAUUAGAGCUCAAGCGAUACGAAAGCGGCAAUGGUGAGCGACGUGCAUCGUCGUCGAGGAAGCGACAGAAGCGUCAAGUGAAGGAAGAUACUGCUCCCGUGGAAAGUGCAAACCAUGCAAAUCACGACGAGCCAUGUGAUGCGCCCUCCAAGACAUUUCAAGAAGCACAGCAAUUAUUGCCUCUAAAUCAAAGUCAAAGCAGCGAGAACAGUUCUGAAAAUGAAUCUGGAACUAGUGAUGACGCGUCUUUCGGGAGUGAUGAGUAAAAGCCUGCAGUUCACGCACUCACUACGCAGGAUUUUCGUUGUAACAGAAAUAAUAAAUCGUAUGAUAGAUGUAUAAAAACGAUCGAAGUUUAUUAAUGUUUACAAUAUGAGCAAUAAAGAUUGAUUCCGUAACAAAUAUUACUAAUAUUUAGCAUCGUCGAACUACUAU